UUUUUUUUUUACGAGUACAUAUGAUAAAAUAAAUAUCCCGUACAUUGAUACGAAAACGAGUAAAAAUCCAAAGUCAUUCGUGUGGCCUUGACCACUCUCUCCUAAGAUAAUUUUGUUGAGUCCAUUUUCUCGUUUUCCAUUAUCAUUGUUUUUUGGGUUUAAUUUGUUAUCUCUCCCUAACCAAACACUCACCUUAUCAAUUCAAAAUAUACCACCAAACAACAAUCUCAACUGCUUUCGAUUUUCCGCCAUAACUCUUCUCUCUCCUCCAAUUCUCCCUUCCAUGUCUGCUUCAAUUCCUCAUGCUUCGCUCUAGAAUAUGGCGUCUUCUCCAUCGAUUUCAGUUGAAUGUGUGAGUGUGUGUAAGUUGAAGCUAUGGAGAGGAGAAGGAAGUAAUGGGAGGUAUUAUUGUAGUGUUGUGUCUUGUGCUUGGAAAGCUCCUAGGGCUCUUACUGGUUCUUUAGCUAGUACUACUCAGAGUUCUUCUUCGUUGUCGUUGUCGUCGUCAUCAUCGUCUUGGCCGAAUUCUAAUGGAAGAUUCAACCGGCAUAUACAUAGAUGUAGGGUUCCUGAUGCUAGAAUCAGUCAUAUGUCAGAGACUUCCUGCUUUAUUGAUUCUGAAUGGAUGUUAAAGGCUAACUUGCAACAUUUGAAUUCGAAAAGAUGGAGAUGGCUUUGCACGUCAUCGCCUGGCUCUAAUUCAAUUGAUAAUGUUUCAGCUGAAAGUUUGUGGGAGGAUCUUAAACCCAGCAUCUCAUACCUACCUCCUGGUGAACUCGAAUUGGUUCAGAAAGCCCUUAAGCUUGCUUUUGAUGCUCAUGAUGGUCAAAAAAGACGCAGUGGGGAGCCCUUCAUUAUUCAUCCAGUUGAAGUUGCACGUAUCUUAGGAGAACUUGAAUUGGAUUGGGAGUCUAUUGCAGCUGGGUUAUUGCAUGAUACUGUUGAGGAUACAAAUCUUGUAACAUUUGACCGGAUUGAAAAGGACUUUGGUUCUACUGUUCGUCACAUAGUAGAAGGGGAAACCAAGGUUUCAAAACUUGGAAAACUCAAGUACAAAGAUGAAAACAGUUGUGUACAAGAUGUAAAAGCAGAAGACCUACGACAGAUGUUUCUGGCAAUGACAGAAGAGGUCCGUGUGAUCAUUGUCAAACUAGCUGAUAGAUUGCACAACAUGCGUACACUUUCACACAUGCCAUCUCAUAAGCAGAAAAGUAUAGCACUUGAGACUCUACAGGUGUUUGCCCCUCUGGCAAAGUUGCUGGGAAUGUACAAAAUAAAGUCUGAACUCGAGAACCUAUCAUUCAUGUACACAAAUGCUCAGGAGUAUGAGAAAAUCACCAAAAGAGUUUCUGAGCUUUAUGAAGAACAUGAGAAAGAGCUAAGUGAGGCAAACAAAAUUUUGGUAAAAAAGAUUGAGGAUGAUCAGUUCUUGGACCUUGUGACUGUUAAUACUGAAGUGCAUGCGGUACUUAAAGAACCUUACAGUAUCUAUAAAGCUGUAACCAAAGCAAAUGUUUCUAUAAAUGAGAUCAACCAGAUUGCUCAGCUUCGUAUCGUUAUCAAGCCUAAACCUUGCAGUGGAAUCGGGCCUCUGUGUACUUCUGAGCAGAUAUGCUACCAUGUUCUUGGGCUUGUACAUGGUAUAUGGACUCCAAUUCCUAGAUCUAUGAAAGAUUACAUUGCGACCCCAAAGCCUAAUGGUUUUCAAAGUUUGCAUACAACAGUCAUCCCAUUUCUUUAUGAGAGCAUGUUCCGGCUGGAAGUUCAGAUUAGAACAGAGGAGAUGAAUCUAAUAGCUCAAAGAGGGAUUGCUGCUCACUAUUGCGGGAGAGUCUCUGUUGAUGGUUUAGCUAGGAAUUCAAGAGGGAAGCCAGUCUGUUUUAACAACAGCAAUGCAGCACUAAGGAUUGGCUGGCUCAAUGCAAUAAGAGAAUGGCAAGAAGAAUUUGUUGGCAAUAUGAGCUCUAGAGAGUUUGUAGAUGUCAUCACGAGGGAUCUGUUAGGCAGCCGUGUUUUUGUAUUUACUCCCCGUGGAGAGAUAAAAAAUUUGCCAAAGGGAGCAACAGUUGUUGACUAUGCAUAUAUGAUCCACACAGAAAUUGGAAACAAGAUGGUGGCUGCAAAGGUUAAUGGGAACCUUGUUUCUCCGACGCAUGUACUUGCCAAUGCUGAAGUUGUGGAGAUAAUAACUUAUGAUGCUCUCUCGAGUAAAUCUGCUUUCCAGAAGCACAAGCAAUGGUUGCAACAUGCUAAAACUCGCAGUGCUCGUCAUAAGAUUAUGAAAUUUUUGAGGGAACAAGCUGCAUUGUCUGCUGAAGAAAUCACUACAAAUUCUAUCAAUGACUUCAUUGCUGAUUAUGAAAAAGAUGUACAGGAGGAGACCUUGGACUUUUCCAGAGCGAGCAGGCCAAUUUCAAAUACAAUAUUUGAGACUUUGCUGCUACCUCAAAAUCCUGAAGAUCUUCAGCUGUCAAAUGGUGCUCUUUGUAUACCAAAGGUCAAUGGGAAACAUAAUAAUCUAAUAGAGCAUUCAAGUUUGGAUGAGGGGCAACUAUUAUCACAAGAUAACGAUAUUGCCAAGUUGAUUAUUGCUAAUACAACAAGGCCUAGGGUAGUCCUUCCAGAGCUAGAAAGUUGGCAAACCAGCAAGAUUGUUGCUUGGCACAGCAUUGAAGGGAGAUCUAUUCAAUGGCUCAGUGUAGUUUGUGUUAAUCACCGAGGUAUGAUGAGCCAAGUCACAACAGUCUUGGCAUCUUUGGGGAUCUCAGUGUGUUCCUGUGUGGCUGAACUUGACAGAGGGAAGGGUAUUGGAGUCAUGCUAUUUCACAUUGAAGACACUUCAAAUAAUCUGAAUGAUGCUUGCGCAAGAAUUGAUCUCAUACUUGGUGUUCUGGGAUGGUCCACAGGCUGUAGUUGGUUGAGCUCCCCAGAAUUAUAGAAAAUGCUUAUAUUGAGCAAGUUAUGUAUGGAUUAUUCAGAAAGAGGAGGAGGAGGAGGGGGGGGGGGAUGAAGAAAAAAAGGUGUGGCUGGUUGUUGGUAUCACAUAAUAUAUCGUUAUCUGGUGUUCUUCACUGCAACCCACUAUUUUUGUUCUCCAAGCAAUUGCUGCCUUGCAGGCUUGUGAGUGGAAGUUGUGUGUGAAGAGACAGAGACACUUUCUGAUGAUUUGGUUUGUUAAAUCAGAAUCAUGGAUAUUUUUGGUUAAACAUGGCAAAAUAGAUAGCAUGAGCCGAUUAGCUCAUAUACUAAGUCAGGGUAGUGUAUAUACAGAGAAGAGUUGUAUAGUUAGGAAUAGGUGUAAAGGGGGAAUACAAGGCUCCAUCCGCUGGGAAAGACAAAGGGAGAAGCCAACAUAUCUAUGUGUUAAUUUUCAGAGUACAUUAAUGUAUUUACUUAUCUAUUCAUUUUCUUCUGCAUGACUCUUCUUGGAAUCAUGAAGUCUGUUUCGAACUGGCGGUGAUUGUGGUGUAAACUAGUUAUGCUGCAUUCUUCGCUCAGGAGCUUGACUGUAAUUCUUUGUUGACAUUAAUAAAGGGUCAAUGAUACAUUGAUCGAUAUUGAAGGGUUUAAAACCCAAAUC